AUGGAAGUGAUCAAAUCGCAGCCAAGCUGGAGUGGUACUUUUGGUGGGCGUGAUGUAAUCAGAAAAGCUGAGAUUGAUGUCGAUGCAUAUGUGAAGCACACGGUAUCGUUAUCGUUAAGGUGGUCUUUUGUACCAUUUUGCGGUUGCAUCUUUUGUCAGCCUUGUCGUUAUUGCUGUUGGGCUGAAGAUGAAGCUCGAAUUCAAGCCAAUGCUAUCAGCUUAAUCUUAUAUGAGCAAGAGUUAGAAUUAACCUUGAAGAGUCAUAAAAUACGAUGCCCCUGCGUUGGAGCAGCCCCACCGCCGCGUCCUUACACAAUAUAUGCAACAUGUGGAAUAGUUCCCGAUGUAACCACUACUGUCCCAUUGUCUCAAAUUCAAAAAAUAGCUUUAACUGAAUUUCAAGGAAUCGAAUUGCUACAAUUUGUUUAUAUAACUGGACAAUCAUCACGACCAAAUCAACCUGCGCCAUGUGCUAGUAUCACUGUUAGAUGCGUGAAAAAUGCAAAAAGUUUUAGAGAUGCGGUAUUACAACAACAAAGGAUGAUUUCCGAAAAAAAGUAG